AUGGGAUCCCUAAAUACAUUCAUAAAAGAUGUUAGAGCUGCCAAGACAUUGGCAGAAGAAAGAUCAAUUAUUACAAAGGAAUCGGCUAAAAUUAGGACGAAGUUGAAGGAUGACCAUUUAUCUCUGUCAAAAAGGCGGAAGAACAUUCAUAAGUUGUUGUACCUGUAUGUGCUUGGCGAAAAAACUCACUUUGCACAGGUUGAAUGCAUUAAUUUGAUUGCCUCUGAGUCGUUUGAAGACAAGAGGUUAGGGUACCUUGCUGCCAUGCUGCUUCUAGACUCGAAUCAGGAGCUGCUUACUUUGUUGACGAACCUCUUAAGCAGCGAUUUGCGUAAUUCAUCAAAGUAUAUUGUUUCGGCUGCUUUGGGGACGUUUGGGGCUCUGGCUUCCCCUGCGCUGGCUCGGGAUCUGUAUUUGGACGUGGAGAACAUCCUGAAGACUUCACGGGAGCCUUAUAUUUUGAAGAAAGCGCUACAGUGCGCUGCAAAGAUAGUUUCCACCGGGGAUGAUUAUGUGGGGACGUUUUAUCCUUACGUUUCUGCCAUUCUGACGAAGUCUGAUCUCUGCACGCACGGUGUGCUAUUUGGUGUGAACAAGCUGAUCCAGGAGAUACUCAAUGUCACGAACCUACAAGAAUUAACAGACUACGAUCUUAUUGCAAGGUCAAUUGCUAGCGUAGUCCCUGGGAUAUUGGCGCUACUGAAGUCCCUGAACGAGGCGACCUUCACUCCCGAGUUUGAUGCGCAUGGCAUGUGUGAUCCCUUUUUGCAGGUUGAGAUGCUACACAGUCUUUGCGCCAUUUUUACUAGGUUUCCAAAAGAAGCGUCUUCCUAUGUCGAACGGCUGCACAGUUUGCUGUCUGAUAUUGCUACUCGAAUGCAAUUAGGUAGCAACAGCUCUAAUGCAGUUCUAUACGAAGUUGUACGCACAAUUUUUGUUUUAGACACAAAACGCCCAUUAAGGGUGCAAGCUGUCAACCUGUUGGCUAAAUUGCUCUCCAGCAAUGAUAUGAACACCAAAUACAUCGCUUUGAACACCUUAGCUCGCGUUGUAGCAGUGGAACCACAGGCUGUUCAAGGUCACAGGAAAUUCAUAUCCCAAUGUUUGUUUGACCCUGAUGUAUCGAUACAAAAAAGGUCGCUUGAAUUGAUGUUCACCAUUAUGGAGGAUUCUAAUAUGAAGGAUACAGUGGAUGAACUCAUAAAAUUUUUGUCAAACUGCGAUGGUGAAGAUCGUGAUCAUAUUAUAUACACUGUUGAACAUCUAAUUAACAAGUUUGGCAUUCGUGAAGUGAGAGAUGAGAAGUGGAAACUGUCGACUAUGAUACGAAUCCUGUGCAUUGUCGGCGAGUACCUUACAGCAGAAAUUAUUGGCGAUAUUCUCAUCAUGCUCAAUAACGUUUCAGAUCAGGCAGGAAAGAAGCAAAUAGCUUGUCAGAUUUUAAAACUCACACUAGGGAAAGAUAAAAUUGAUAUUUCAGAGGAGAACAGUGGUUGGAAACUAAUAACUGUUUGGACAAUAGGAGAAUACGCAGAAUUGAUCCUAGAUACUGUUACAUGUACUGCUCUAACCAAAUACUUAUGCAAUUUGGACAGCAUAAAUUCAGAUGACUACAAGUUAAUCGGCUAUAUUCUAACUGCGGCUUUAAAACUGUCAGGAAAAUGCAAAGAUGCAGCUAGCAUAGAAAAACUAAGAAGACUCAUCAAUUCUCAUACAAACGACACAGAUUUGCUUCUACAGUCCAAGGCAGUCCAUUACAGCAUUCUUUUCAACCAACCACAACAUGUGAAGGCCAAGUUCCUUGAAAAAAUGCCGGUAUUUGUCAAGGUGCAGCAAAACACAACGCCAGGAAAUGAACAAAAUAAGUCUUCGUCACCCUCCAGCGCCAAACCUGCCGAGUCUGAUUUAUUGGGCGAUCUAUUGAGUGACAUACCAAGCGAUAAUACCAACAUGAGGAAGCCGGAAGUUCGGCCGCAGAACUCUGCAGCAGUAUUAUCCGAUCUUUUUAGCAACACCUCUUUGAGUAGCAGGGAGAAUAAUAAACCCGUUAGCACUCAAAAGCCAGUCGUAAGUCCGUUUCAGAAUCAACAGCCAUUGUCGCCAGUUAAAGUUGUUCAUAUUCCAGAUCGUGCUAUUAAAAUGCAUAGUUCUAGUGCUGUGAAUAUAUUCGGGGAAAUCGUGUCUUCAAAACCAGGAGAGGCCAACAUUCAGUUAUACUAUAAGGCCCAAAAAACAAUUUCUCGCCUUGUUAUUCUGGCCGCUGUCUCCAAAACUCAGAAGUUAACAUUAGGAUCGCUAAGCAACGUCGAUUUGGCCCCUGGUAGUGUUUCUAAACAGUUAUUGAAUGUUACUGGUACUGGUAUCCUAAAGUUGAGAAUCAAAUUAGACUCAAGUAACAACGUGAAAGAACAAUUUGAUUACAAGUUUGAUACAACAUUAUAA